UUGAAUUGUUUUGGUCUGUGGACUCCUCUCAAUACUGAAUCAUAUUUAUAGAAUACACUGUUCAAUGUGAUAGAUUGUUGACAUUAUGCUAACCUCAAACAGGAAGAAGAAGGGAAAGGACACUGCUGUCCAGGGAACCAACGACAGCAGCGUGGUGAGCAAAGUGUCCGCUGCAGCACAGGGCUACUUCCAGGAUGUUUUCCUCCAACACUUUGUGUGCAAAGUGGCCAGGAGAGCCCCGCUCAUCAACAGGGGCUACUAUGUCCGAUGGAGAGCUGUGGACCACUGUGUGAGGAGGUUCCUACACAUUACUGAAAACUGCCCCAAGAGACAGAUUCUGUCUUUGGGUGCAGGGUUUGACUCUACGUAUUUUCGCCUUCACGCAGAUGAAGCUCUUGACAGGGCUGUUGUGUUUGAGGUGGAUUUUCCCGAUGUGACCCGACGGAAAGCUGCCCUGAUCAACUCUAAUAAUACACUGAAGGGGAUGUUAGACCCUCGUUUACCUUCUCCUACAGGACAUGUAUACGUGUCCAGUGGUCAGUACCAUCUGCUUGGGGUGGAUGUUAGAGAGGAGACCCAGGUGGAAGAGGCUCUGGGUGCAGCUGGUCUGGACUGGUCUGCCCCCACUCUAAUUCUCUCUGAAGUGGUGCUUACCUACAUGGAAACACAAUGGUCGGAUGCUGUCAUCAGUUGGGCUGCAAAGCUCCUGCCACAGUCCCUCUCCGUUAUGUAUGAGCAGAUACAUCCAGAUGACCCGUUUGGUCGCAUCAUGCAAGAUCAUUUCCUGAAACUAAAUUCAACUCUUCACGCCCUUCGACAAUAUCCAGACACUGAGGCCCAGAGGCGACGUUUCCUGGACAAGGGCUGGGAGCAGUGCGUCUGCCUGGAUAUGAACGACUUCUACCUCGGGCUGGUCCCUGAGGAGGAGAGAUGCAGAGUGGAGCGCCUGGAGCCGUUUGAUGAAUAUGAGGAGUGGCACCAGAAAUGUUCCCACUACUUCAUCCUCACUGCAUCCCGAGGCUCGUUGAUGGAACAGGCUUUACUCACAUAUUCUCCAGUAUCUCCAGCGGCAUCCAUUUGCCCAUCCUGGAGCUCCACAUCCCUGAGCGUGAGGACCAUACCGGUUCCUAUGGAGGGGUUGGGGAUGGCUUCAACAUCGGUGAGCCCGGGGAAAGUCCUGCUAACGGGAGGCUCUAGCAGAGGAGGACGGGGGCCGGUGACCAGGAUCCUCCUCCGGGGCCAGGACGGCUGGAGAUCCGUCAGCGUGGAACCACCAGUAGAUUUGGGUGUCCGGCUCUACCACACCGCUACCUCUCUCCCUGGAGGAGGUAUCGUGGUAUACGGUGGUCGCUCCUCUCCACUUAACCCAAUCAGAGGCCUUUUCAGAGUAACCCUGGAAACCCGUGAUCCACCCGGUCCUCUCGACUCAGAGGACGGAGACACGGGGAAACUUUGUGUAGAGGAGAUGGUCUGUACAGGUGAUCCACCAGCACCAAGAUGGAGGCACACUGCUACUAGUGUCAGUCACAAAGGCAAAAGCUUUCUGUUUGUGUUUGGUGGAAAGGAUGAAUCGGAGGCAGCUCUGGGUGACGGUUACUUCCUGUGUGUAGACCAGCAGCACUGGACUGAGAUCCCAGUAGAGGGUGCAGCGCCGGAGGCCCGUCACUCCCACUCAGCAUGUUCAUAUCAGGGAGGUGUGGUGGUGUUUGGAGGAUUAGACAGAAGGGGAGCUCCACUGGGGGACACGGCGGUGUUAAGGCCGACUGACGGAGGCUUCUCCUGGGAAAGAAUAGAGGUGCAGCCCGCUCCUGUUCCCAGGUACUCUCACUCUGCCCAUGUGAUUGGUGAAAAUCUGGUUGUGGUUGGUGGAGUCUGGCUGCAUUCAGGUGGUGUACCCGGUGUCGUUGUGAUCAACCUCAGCACCCGCAGCAGUGUGGAGUUCAGGCUGGACACGACCUCGGUGCCCUGGCCGCUGAUGCUCCACUCAUUCUGCUCCGAGCUGACGGACUCAGAAGAACCGGAGCUGCUCCUGAUAGGUGGAGGAGGAAACUGUUUCUCUUUUGGAACUCACUUCAACCUCCAGCCGGUCACUGUGGACCUCAGACCUGCACUGGGAUGAAGUGAGCUUUAAAGUGUUUCUAUGAAACUGUGAAAGCUACUGAAAUCAAUGACUUAAAGUUACUGUGAUAGACUUUUAACUGGUUGUGAAACAGUCUCAGGUUAAUACUGAUGCCUCUAUAUGACCAACAUGAUUUAGCAAGACCCUCAGCAAGAAGAUUGACUAUUUCUAUAUAGUUAUUCUUAAUGCUUGUCAUCAGUGCCACCGGUUCGGAUUCUUGUUAAAUCAGAUGAAAUCAUGCAAGUUCACCAAGAACUCCUUCAGCUCAGAUCCCAUCGGGGCCUCCAGCAGAGACAAGCCCCAAGCCGUGUUGCUGGGCCUGCUGGAGGGAAGGGAGGCACUGGAGAACCAGGACUGGAAAUGGCAGACUAUCAAACUCUGCUGCAGUAUAAUUUGUGGUUUUCUAAAGGGACUCUGGUGCUCAGAAACAGUACCGCCAAAAUGAACACAAAAUGAAAGUUCCUGAAUGAACGUUUCUCUAAAUUUAAAAAAGUUCAAAAGACAUUAAAACAACUCAUGUAUGGAGAAGCCAAAGAAACAUCUUCAGUCUGCUUACUGGACAGUUUUUUUUUUUAUUUGUGAGACCUCAGUUCCAAAUCUCAAAACAGUCAAUUAAAAUCAUAGUCAAAUAUCAUCUCAUUAGGUCGUU